CAAUUCCAUGCAGAUUUAGGAAAAUUUAUCUCCAUCUCCAGCUCUAUUAAUAAAGAGUGGAGAUUCAUACUGCUUCUCAGUCUCACACUUCCGCCUCUCUCAGUCACACACACUUGUGCCUCUGCUUCGAAUUUCAGCUUCGUCUCUGAUCUCGUCUCCAUCUCCGUCUCUGUCUACAGACACAAGUCAUGGCUACAUUACUACUGCCACUUAGUAUCCUAUCUUUGGUUAUGGCCGGAAUCGUAGCAGGCCACAACGUCACCAUCUCGCUGUUGGACUCCGCUGUAGCCAGAGGAGCUGUCUGUCUAGACGGCACUCCUCCAGCCUACGCUUAUAGUCCAGGGUUCGGAGACGGAGUUGACAAGUGGCACGUAAUCUUUGAGGGUGGUGGGUGGUGUCGGGAUGUAGCUGACUGCCUCAAUAGAUCCAAAACUCCUCUAGGAAGUAGUGCUAAGCUUAUGUCGAAGGAGCAGAAUGGUGUCGUAUCCUUUGGAGGGAUGCUCGAUGCCAAUUCCACCUUGAACCCUGAUUUCUACAAUUGGCACGUGUUCAGAAUCUUCUACUGUGACGGCUCAUCUUUCAUGUCCGAUGUUGAAGAUGUAGACCCGAAGUACAACCUAACUUAUAGAGGUGCGAGAAUAUAUGAUGCCAUGAUGGAUGAGCUCCUACGAAUCGGAAUGGGUAAUGCAAAAAAUGCUUUAUUGUCAGGCGGUUCGGCAGGUGGAUUAGCCACAACUUUACAUUGUGAUAAGUUUCAAUCGUUGUUUCACAACACAACUAGAGUGAAGUGCGUAUCUGAUUCAGGCUUUUUCGUUCACGGAGAGCAUUUUUUGGGGGCUGAUUGGAGAGAAUCUUUCUUCUAUAGAGUGGUAUCAACACAUGGUUUGACGAAUAUGUUGCCCACAUCAUGCACAUCCAAAUUUAGCCCAACUCUGUGUUUAUUUCCUGAAAAUUUGGUCCCUGAUAUCCAAACCCCACUAUUUUUAAUUGAAUCAGCAUUUGACUCAUAUCAGAUAGGAUAUACUUUGUUCCCUGAUAGAAGCCCGAAAUGGAAGAGUUGCCUCCAAAACUUAAUGUUGUGCAAUUGGACCGAGAUAGAAAUCAUGAAAGAUUUUAGGUUGAUAUUGGUAAAUACGCUGAAAAGUACAAUUGCAAAUAGCUCCUCAAGGAGGGGCUAUUUUGUACAUAGCUGCUACCGACAUGGCCAUAUGGAAGACAUAAGCGGUUCGACAUGCUCAUUGAUUGUUGGAAACGGACUUGCUAACAAAUGUAUUUUUCAGAAUAUAGCAGAAGCCGUGGGAGACUGGUAUUUCGACCGGAGCGAAUUCCAGGAGAUGGAUAUGGUCAACAACUUGCCACGGAACUGCACUGGCGAAAACCAACCUAUUUUGGAGAAAAAGUGUAUCGAUUAUUAUAUUCAUCAUUAGAUGCCAUGAAUUGAUAGCAUGUGAAUUUGAAUUUCUAUUUUCAGUUAUGAACGAAGGCUUAAAAUUUUCGGUUAAA